CACAUCACCCGUGUAGACGAUCCCUCCGCCAUUUCUGUGAAAUUUUAAGAUGGCUACCAUGCACGUACUGACUUAUUUCGUUUUCUCGUUGAUGCUGACAACAGUUAUUUGUCAGACGUUCCAGUACAGUCGCGGUUGGACGAAUGGUAAAAGAUCGUCGUCCAUGCUGGAGGAUCUCGUGAAUUCCCCCAGCAAGAAUGCGGGUCAAUUAGACAAUAUCCUUGUUAACUGUGAGUUACAGAAGAUGAGAUUACUACUUCAAGGAAACGGUUACAACCAGUUAUUACAACUUCCUUGCGAAUUUUUCGCUGUUCCGAAAAGGAGUUUCCCCGAAUCAAUGGCGAACGUCGAGCAUUAUCGACGACAGCCUCCGUCCAUCAAUAAUAAUUAUUAA